GCGCGUCGCCUCCCUCCCUUCCAGAGCCCGAGCUGCAGACCAUAGACUGCAAAUCUGCAUGCCAGAGGGUCUCCCUAACCCCCCCCCUCCGCCUUUAUUGUGUCCGCUCUAGGAUUCCCCCGCCCCGCACCCAUUUGUAGUCUUGGCCUUUUUUUUUUUUUCUUUAUCCCUCCUUCUCCUCUCUUCGGCUCUCUCUGACCUCCGCGGUCUGAGGCGGCGGCGGCGGUUUCUGAGGCGGCGCGGGGCAAUCUAGAACCAUCCGCCAAAAUGGUGAAUUUUACAGUAGAACAGAUCCGAGCGAUCAUGGACAAAAAAUCCAACAUCAGAAACAUGUCGGUGAUCGCUCAUGUUGAUCAUGGCAAGUCCACGCUUACAGAUUCCUUAGUGUGUAAAGCGGGUAUCAUCGCUUCUGCCAGGGCUGGUGAAACACGAUUUACUGACACACGGAAAGACGAGCAGGAAAGGUGCAUCACAAUCAAAUCUACGGCCAUUUCUCUCUACUAUGAGCUCUCAGAAAACGAUUUGGCCUUUAUCAGGCAAUCCAAAGAUGGCUCCGGUUUCCUCAUUAAUUUAAUCGACUCCCCUGGGCAUGUGGAUUUCUCCUCCGAAGUCACAGCAGCUCUUCGCGUCACUGAUGGAGCUCUUGUAGUCGUUGACUGUGUUUCAGGGGUUUGCGUGCAGACGGAGACUGUGCUUCGCCAGGCAAUUGCUGAGCGCAUCAAACCCGUCCUGAUGAUGAACAAGAUGGACCGGGCUCUGCUGGAACUGCAGUUAGAACCCGAGGAGCUUUACCAGACCUUCCAGCGCAUUGUGGAAAACGUCAAUGUUAUCAUUUCUACUUACGGAGAGGGUGAAACUGGACCCAUGGGUAAUAUUAUGAUCGACCCCGUCAUCGGUACUGUUGGCUUUGGCUCUGGCUUGCACGGUUGGGCGUUCACCUUGAAGCAGUUUGCCGAGAUGUACGUGGCCAAAUUUGCAGCCAGAGGAGAAAAGGCCCAGCUCUCCGCAACUGACAGGGCCAAGAAAGUGGAAGACAUGAUGAAGAAGCUGUGGGGAGACAAGUAUUUUGACCCGGCAACAGGGAAAUUCAGCAAAUCCGCAGCUGACCCUGAUGGAAAGAAGUUGCCACGUACUUUCUGCCAACUUAUCCUGGAUCCCAUUUUUAAGGUCUUCGAUGCCCUCAUGAACUUCAAGAAAGACGAAACGUCCAAGCUGAUAGAAAAACUGGACAUCAAGCUAGACACGGAAGAUCGAGAGAAAGAAGGAAAGCCGCUUCUCAAGGCCGUUAUGCGUCGCUGGUUACCUGCUGGAGAGGCUUUACUUCAGAUGAUCACCAUUCACCUGCCCUCCCCUGUGACUGCUCAGAAGUACCGCUGUGAGCUUCUGUACGAGGGGCCACCUGACGAUGAAGCUGCCAUGGGGGUUAAAAACUGUGACCCAAAGGGCCCUCUGAUGAUGUACAUCUCAAAAAUGGUACCCACGUCAGACAAAGGCCGCUUCUAUGCCUUCGGGAGGGUCUUCUCGGGCAUAGUUUCCACCGGCCAGAAGGUGCGGAUUAUGGGACCCAACUAUACCCCUGGAAAGAAGGAAGACCUCUACUUGAAGCCUAUUCAGAGAACCAUUUUGAUGAUGGGUCGUUACGUUGAGCCCAUUGAGGAUGUCCCUUGUGGCAACAUUGUUGGCCUGGUUGGUGUCGAUCAGUUUUUGGUGAAGACGGGCACCAUUACCACCUUUGAACACGCCCACAACAUGAGAGUGAUGAAGUUUAGCGUUAGCCCAGUGGUGCGCGUUGCGGUUGAAGCCAAAAACCCCGCCGACCUACCAAAGCUAGUGGAGGGCCUAAAGCGCCUUGCCAAGUCUGACCCCAUGGUGCAGUGCAUUAUUGAGGAAUCUGGGGAACACAUCAUUGCUGGCGCUGGAGAGCUGCACUUGGAGAUCUGCCUGAAAGAUCUGGAGGAAGACCACGCCUGCAUUCCAAUCAAGAAAUCCGACCCAGUAGUAUCUUAUCGGGAGACGGUCUGCGAAGAAUCGAACCAGUUGUGUUUAUCCAAAUCGCCUAACAAGCACAACAGGCUUUAUAUGAAAGCCCGCCCUUUCCCUGACGGAUUGGCAGAAGACAUAGACAAAGGAGACGUUAGUUCCCGCCAAGAGCUGAAGCAGCGAGCUCGCUAUCUGGCCGAGAAGUACGAGUGGGAUGUUUCUGAAGCCCGGAAGAUCUGGUGCUUCGGACCCGACGGGACGGGGCCUAAUAUUUUGGUGGACAUCACCAAGGGCGUCCAGUAUCUCAAUGAAAUCAAAGAUAGCGUCGUGGCUGGUUUCCAGUGGGCCACUAAGGAGGGCGUUUUGUGCGAAGAGAACAUGAGAGGGGUCCGUUUUGACAUUCAAGACGUGACCCUCCACGCCGAUGCGAUCCAUCGUGGAGGAGGACAAAUCAUCCCGACUGCCAGGAGGGUCUUAUAUGCUUCUGCCUUGACUGCCCAGCCUCGUCUGAUGGAGCCCAUCUAUCUUGUCGAGAUUCAGUGUCCAGAACAGGUGGUUGGGGGCAUCUACGGUGUCCUGAACCGGAAACGUGGCCAUGUUUUUGAGGAGUCUCAGGUAGCCGGGACCCCGAUGUUUGUGGUCAAAGCGUAUCUUCCGGUGAACGAGUCUUUUGGUUUCACAGCUGAUCUGAGAUCCAACACCGGUGGCCAGGCUUUCCCGCAGUGCGUCUUCGACCACUGGCAGAUCUUACCCGGAGACCCUUACGAUGCCAAUUCACGCCCUUUCCAAGUGGUGGCCGAAACCCGUAAACGCAAAGGCUUGAAGGAAGGCAUCCCACCCCUAGACAACUUCCUGGACAAAUUGUAACGGCUUCCUCACUCAACGCGGGCGAGGAGCGUCUUACGACAACACCCAACAAACUCCACCGUGGAAUCGGGAUUGCUUCACCAAAAUGCGAAAGGAAGAGACGAGAAAACCGGACAACCCGAAAUGAAGAAAGACACAAAAAAAACCAGCCUCUAGCAAUUAUGUCAUGCUCACAUAAUGAGAAAUAAAAAGUGUGUUGUUGAAUAGAACGAUCGAGUCGGGUUUUUAUUUUCCUCUGGAAACAAGACCGGUUCAGCUCGAUGGGUUUCGGUUUUUUUUUUUUUACGGCAAGGAUUUCUGAGACAGGUCAAUUUACAUAUCAAGCUCAGUUUAUGCAGAUUCAGUGGCUUUUUAGGCCGACCCGGUAUGUAGCGUCUCUUGCUUCACACACAAAAUGCUGCUUCUAAAGGUUUGGAGAACAGUUUGCCGAAACAAUCCAGCGUGGCAUUUAAAAACAAAAAAAAGUUCCAUGUGUUUAAUUGCAUCGCUUAAUAAAAAGAGUAUGGCUUAAAAACCUUUUUUUUUUUUUGACUGAGUCAGAAUCCUGAAACUCAGCUCUGAACCAGAGGAAAUUUUUCAAGAGACGCGCCCUGAGUUUUAGUGAAUCUCUCCGGGAUCUUUCGAAUUUACAGCACAGCAAGAGGAAAACUACGACGGGGGUGGGUGGAGGGGGGGUGGGGAGUCCUUCCGAACAGCACUGAAAAGAAAAUCUCAAAAGUAAAGGUAUUAUUUCCUUUAAACUUGAAAGAUAGAAAGAAUCGGAUCGCUUUUAAUCGAUAACCAAAAAAUCAGCAGAUACGUGGAGAUCAACGAAACGCAAGCGAAAAAUUCUUUCGGGUGGCCGUAACGAUACAAACCAAGUGUCGUUUGGGAUAGGACAGCCAAAGGGAAAAUCAUUAUCAGGUAUGCCUGGCCCAGAUAACUCUAAAAAAUAUUAAGACUUUGUUAAGGGGAGCAAAAGAUGGACCCGGCAAUGCAAGGUUAAGAACACUGUUAGAUAAU